AGGCCACAGAUAUGGAAAAAUAUGAUGCAACAAAUAAGUGAGAUGUUUGUUGUUUAAUGUAUGCAUGGAGCUAAUGAUUUGUUAGUUUAGCCAGUACAGUAACCUAUUACAGAGUCUAUUUCUUCCAGACAAAAUGUCAAGAAUACAAAGUGCGGGCUGUCACUUCGUUUUAUGGUCUGCAGAUAAAGGGCAGGUUGGACCUCAGAAAACAAACUCUGACUGUCGUUGUGUAGCUUAUGCUUGUUGAGUGAACAUUUAGAGUUUGCACAAAUGGUGGAAGUUAAAGAAGAAAAGAGGUGCAGCAUGGAGGAGGAUGAAGAGGAAGAAGGAAAAGAAGCUAAAACUGUUCUGGGGAUCUUCACGAGAGAGCAGUUCAUCAUGUUGUGUGUUGGACUCGGUCUGAUUGCACUGCUUCUCAUCAUUACUUUAACUUCAGUGUUUGUGAUCGCAAAAUCAGAUGCUUCAGUGGACGUAGACAUGGAGCUGUUUCCAUCUGAUGGAGACAUGCUCGACUUUCUUCUUCAGACUGGAGAGAUUCAGGAGAAAGAUGGCCUUUAUGCGACGUGGUAUCACGCAGCCAACAGUAAAUCUGAGAUGUGCAAGGCCUUGAACAGUGAUGUAAUGAUCCUAGAGGCUGAUGUAAAUGUCCAAGGUCAUAACACUGUCAAUGAAACCAAUAUUCCCAUCAUGGCUCAUCCGCCAGACAUUUACAGUGACAACACUCUGGAGGAAUGGCUGGAUGCUGUGCUCAAGUCAAAGAAAGGGGUGAAGCUGGAUUUUAAGAGUAUCAGUGCUGUGGAGCCCUCAUUGGAGCUGCUGAGAGUGAAAAACCAAACAGGGAUCAACAGGCCGGUGUGGAUUAAUGCAGAUAUUCUUCCUGGUCCUAAUGUCCCUGAGUUCUGGCCAGUGGUCAAUGCUUCUGAGUUUUUUGAGCUCAUUCAGCUGAAAUUUCCUGAUGUCACCAUCUCUCCAGGAUGGAAGGUUCUUUAUCUUUCCAUCUUCCCCAAUGUGACUUACACGCGCAGUAUGGUGGAGCAGAUGUACUCCACCGUGAGACACCUCCCACAGAAAAUCACCUUCCCUGUUCAUGCUCUGAUGGCCAAGAAUGGCUGGCCGCAUCUAAGCUGGCUGCUCAGUCAGUCUUCAAGGUUCAGUUUAACCCUGUGGCAAGGAAAGGAAAAUCCCACUUUGAAUGAUCUUCUCUUCAUUAGAGACAACAGCAACCCUCAGCGCAUCUAUUAUGACAUCUAUGAGCCUGUGCUCUCACAGUUCAGAGAAGCUGCAAAGAUUAAAGACAGACCCAGAAGAUUCUAUCCUGGUGGAGACAUUAUUGACUAUUUCAGACCAGCGGACAGUGAUGGACUCAACAUCCAGUGGGACACAGUGAACGAUAAAGAUUCCUUACUAUCUCUGCUUGAAGAUGGUACAGGAGGAAUGCUAGUGAUUCCAGUAAUAUCCAGUGAAGGUCAAGCAAACAUUCCUAUUAUUGACGAGUCUGAAAUGCCUCUUAAGGAUUGCCUGGAUUUGAUUCUUGCCUCUACAAAGCCAUGGGGAAUCUACUUACAGAUAAAAUCCCAGAAUCAGCUGAGCCCCUCACUGGAGCUCCUCCGUCAGGUUUAUGACAGAGACUUGCUGCAUCACCCCACCUGGGUCAACAUGGACAUAUCCCACAGAGCUUUCCGCAUCCAAGGCUACAUGACAGGAGAAGAGUUUCUACGAACCGUUGAUCGAAUCUUUCCACAUGUGACUCUGGCUCCGAGUUGGCCUAAAGAAGCUCUGGAUGAAGGCUACACACCAGAGAUGCUGGAGCCCAUGGUGCAGCUCUUCCACGGGGCCUGGCAGGAUGUUUCACUGCAGCUGCAGGCUGAGGCACUGGAUAGAACUGAGACUUGGAGACUUAUUCACUUACAACCACGCUUUUCACUGACCGUGGAGCAUCAAACAGAGAACAAAGGCAUCAAUGCUGGAAUUGAAAGCUUAAUGUCCAUCCGAGCAGCAAACAGACAGCGGAGCUUUUAUAAUAUUCCUAAAAUGUACAGGGAGCAUAUGACAAAUCUAUCAGUUUGAAAAUAAAGCUUGCGUGCCA